GGGGAGUAGUUGUCUGACAUGUCGGAGCAUCCUGCAGGACCAGGAUCAUGGUCCAGAUGUGGGGCAGUGCGGCCGAUCGGGGCGGAGGCUCUGGUGGCCCUGCUGGAGGGGGGUCUGGACCGGGUGGUGCUGAUCGACAGCCGGCCCUUCGUGGACUACAACGCCUCGCACAUCCUGGAGGCGGUGAACGUGAACUGCUCCAAGCUGAUGAAGAGGAGGCUGCAGCAGGACAAGGUGCAGAUCGCAGAGCUGCUGCAGCACUCGGCCAAGAAGAAGUUGGAGCUCGCUGGAGAUCUGGAGGUCGUCGUUUACGAUCAGAGCUCUUCAGACCCGACUGCUCUCAGCUCCGAGUCCUUUCUCAGCGUCCUGCUGCUCAAACUCGAGAGGAGCUUCCCCUCCGUGCACCUGCUCUCAGGUGGGUUCUCUGAGUUCUCUCACCUGUUCCCCGGUCUGUGUGAGGGGAAGUCGUCCGUGGUCCCCUCCUGUAUGUCUCAGCCGUGUCUGCCCGUCACCAACGUGGGCCCCACCCGCAUCCUGCCUCACCUGUACCUGGGCUGUCAGAGAGACGUGCUCAACAAGGAUCUGAUGCAGCAGAACGACAUCGUCUACGUCCUGAACGCCAGCAACACCUGCCCCAAACCCGACUUCAUCCCAGAGACUCACUUCCUGCGAGUCCCCGUCAACGACUCGUUCUGUGAGAAGAUCCUGCCCUGGCUGGACCGCUCGGUCGAGUUCAUCGAGAAAGCCAAAGCCUCAAAUGCUCGAGUCCUGGUCCACUGUCUGGCCGGGAUCUCGCGCUCUGCCACCAUCGCCAUCGCCUACAUCAUGAAGAGGAUGGACAUGAACCUGGAUGAGGCGUACAGGUUUGUGAAAGAGAAGCGUCCGACCAUCUCUCCGAACUUUAACUUCCUGGGUCAGCUGCUCGACUUCGAGAAGAAGAUCAAGAGUCCGAACGAGACGAAGCUCAAGUCCCUCCUUCACCCGGAGUCGGCGGAGGUCUCGGCGCCAUCCGAUGACUCGGAGCCGGCAGCCAAUCAGGAGGCGGGUCCAGGUGUGUCCAUGUUGGAGCCGCUCACGCUGCCCUGCGUUCUGGCCGACGCCCCCGACGAGCGUCUGCUGGUCACGGCUCUGAGCGGUCUGACGCUCCCGGACGGUCCGGUGGAGAACGCCCGUCUGAAGCGUUCCUUCUCUCUGGACAUCAAGUCGUACGGCGAGCCGGGCGGCGCCGCUCCUCACCGCGUCUUUGUCCCUCACGGGGGGUCGGGCGAUGCCGGUGAAUUCUACAAACCGUCCACCUUCAAGGAGGCGAGCAGCAAGCCGUGCCAGUUCUCCCCGGUGGAGGAGGUCUCGGAGCAGUCCACGCCGGAGCAGAGUCCUGAUAAGGAGGAGGCCGACGGCGCCGAGCGAGUCGCACCGCCGCCGCCGCCCGCCUCCUCUAGCUUCAAACUUCCACCGUCUGCUCACAGCUGCUCGCAGCAGCUACACCGCAGCGGCAGCGUGGAGGAGAACGCCACCAGCUUCCUGUUCGGCCUCUCGCGCAGCCAGCAGCACCUCGCCAGGCCGGGGCAGGGCGGCGCCCUGAAGGGGUGGCACUCUGACAUCCUGCUGGGCCCCGUCACCGUCUCCACCUCCUCGCUGACCGGAGGCUGGUACCUCUCCUCUGACUCCGCCCGCUUCUACUCCACCUCGGCCAUCCUGAGCAGCGGUGGCUUGGCGGCGUACGGUUGCGGUGCCGGGCUGGAAGCGGUGCGGCGGCGCGGGCGUCAGAGGACGGGCGACCACGGCGACUCGAGGAGGAGCUGGCACGAGGAGAGCAGCUUCGAGAAGCAGCUGAAGAGGCGGAGCUGUCAGAUGGAGUUUGGAGGCGGGCUCACGGACAGCCGGUCCAGAGACGACCUGCGACAGGUGAGCAGUCAGUCCAGCUUCUCAGGCAGCAUGGAGGUCAUCCAGGUGUCCUGAGACUGAUUCAAGGACACGCUGAGAGAGUCGGAAAUCUGACGCUCGGUCAGGAUGAAGCAGCUUAAAGUCGAGGACAGAAACGUGCAGCACACAGCGAGGAGGUUCAGCUCGCACAGGCUCGCUAUCGGCCCAAAUAUAAGACGAUAUUUUACUCUGAAAAUCUGGUUUUGGGCCGUCUGAUGUUUGAGUGUUGCAUCAUGGGUUGUUUUAGCCUGAAUGUUGCGAAGCGACAGUUGGUUCAUAGUGAGUUUUUAUUUUUUACUACAGGUGUUCCGGUGACAUCACAUUAAAUAAAAAAUUAAAAUCAAACAAAUUAUUCAUCAAAGUCUCUGAGAAAAAGACGUUUUGAUAAUCUCAAACAGGAAACAGUAACCAGACAGGAAGUUGUUCAGCCCAGAGAUAGAGUGACAGCUGUUUUUAAUUCUCUUAUAUUUUGGCCAAUAAGAUAAAAAGUUCAGUUCAUCAUCAAAACAGCCAUCUGUCAAAUCAAAAACCAAACCCUCAAUUAUUAAUCACACCGUCAAAGACAGAACCUGCAGUUAAUAAAAAAUGACAUUUAAGAACAUCUCCCCUCCUCAGAAUUAACGUGAUGACAGUGAACGCAUCGGAGGAAAAAAAAGGGAUCAAACAGUUAAUGUUUUAGUUUGGAGAUGAUGAAGGUGUGCUGCAGGAAAAAAACGUUUCUGAUCGACGGACUCUGAGCCUGUGUAUGUGUUUGAGGACGAAGCUGCUCGUUAUCGGCCUUCAGACUGCAUGAUGAUGAUGAAGAUGAAGAUGAAGAUUGGGACGGUUCCGGUCUCUUCAGUACCUCACAGAUCCAGACUUUCUCUUUUUGUUUGUAUAGAUGAAUAAAGAACUCAGGGGCUCCUGAACAGACUGAUGUGUCAGAGACUCGUGUGAUGAUGAUGAUGAUGAUGAUGAUGAAGAGGAGGAGGGCGCACUGUGAUGUGGAUUCAAAGAGGCUGGGACUCAGACUCAGACGUGGACUCUGUUUAAUCAUAAAGACUCACAGACGUGUUGAUGAUGCACUGCUGCGGUGUGAAAGAUCUGAUUAAAAAAUAUGAAGCAGAAAAUCAAGAAGAA